CACCGUUUAGUAGUUGACCAGAUGCAGACCGACAAGUAUCUCGGUGUCCGCGUUGCUAUUGCUAUACAGCUGCUUGGCUGGGCAAUGGGCGCCAAUAUAUUGGCGCUGAUGGGCAUGACGUCUCAUAGUCAUCAUUUAUGGAAUAGCGUAUUGUUGUAUGAGCUGGCUGAGCGGGGUCACAAUUUGACUAUACUGUCUGUGGACUUGCCACGGCCUGACGUUAAGGUCCCAACCAAUGUCAGCUACAUCCAUCUGGAACGUGCCUACGACUUUUAUGAUGCGGAAGGUGCCGAUAAAAUUGAUAUUAGCGCGUUCAUUGGCAUUGGCAACUAUGUGACCAUUCCGAUUCAUUAUGAUUUCGGCCUAAAAACAGCGAAAAACAUAGCCAGGUCGCAGGGCUUGCUGCAGUUGCUGAACUAUCCAGAUGACUUCAAGUUCGAUGUGAUAAUCAAUGACUAUACACUGGGACCAUAUUUACUGGGCUUUGCGCACAAGUUUCGCUAUCCGCCUAUUAUUGGCAUGACAGCCUUUCACAAUGCGCCCAUCACACUGGAUUUUAUGUCGAAUCAUUAUUUUCCAGCUCUAGUACCCUAUUAUUCAACUUUGUAUAAUGCGAACAUGAGCUUUUUACAGCGUUUGGAUAAUACGCUCGUCUUUGCCGCGGACACAAUCUAUCGCCGAUGGUAUUACAAUCCCAAAUUGGAUGAAAUAAUGCGGCCCAUUUUCGGGUCCGAUAUGCCGUCCCUUUCAGACUUGGCAAAGCUUACAAAGGUAUCACUGGUCAAUUCACAUCCAGCCACCGACUAUGUGGAGGCCUUGCCACCCAAUGUGAUUGAGGUGGGUGGCAUGCAAGGUAAGCCAGGCAAGGCUCUGCCCGAUGAACUGGAUGAAUUUAUUAGAAGUGGCAAGCGUGGAGCCAUAUUGUUUUCAUUGGGCACCAAUAUGCUACCACACAAUGUGGACCUGCAGAUUAAAUUAAACAUUGUGGAGGCUUUCAGGCAAUUGCCUGAGUAUAAUUUCAUAUGGAAGUUUGAUGAGGAGUAUUUAAAAGAUGUCCAGAUGCCAGCCAAUGUUUUGGUGAAGGAUUUUCUGCCGCAAGGCGAUAUAUUGAGUCAUGAAUCUUUGGUUUUGUUUAUUUCACACUGCGGUGGAUUAAGCAUCCAGGAAGCGACUUGGCACGGCGUGCCCAUUGUCGGUAUUCCUUUAUUCCUCGAUCAGUAUCGGAAUCUCAUUCAAACAAUCAAUGCCGGUGCUGCUGUUCAGGUCAACUAUUUAAAUAUGACCACCGUCCAGCUGGUCUCAGCCAUUCGAGAAGUCGCCGAGAACAAGAGAUACGUGCAAGCUAUGAAAAUUCGCUCUCAGCGUUUGCGUGAUAACCCUGUGCCGCCCUUGGAGCUGGCUGUGUGGUGGGUAGAGUAUCUGCUGCGUCAUCCUGAUCCGGCUCACUUGCACUCGACAGCCAAGGAACUGAACUAUUUUCAAUCGCAUUCUUUGGAUGUGAUCGCUAUUCUGGCACUGAUUCCCUUGUUGCUUAUUUAUGGCCUGCAGCGUCAGCGUCCCAGGGUCAGGGUACAAAGGGCCAAACGGCAUCAAAAGCGCGAUUGAAUAAAUAGACUUUUUGUAAA